AUGGACGUUCCAGUCGCAGCCAACAUCCUUGGCACAUUAGGGGCCGUGUGCUGGUCAAUCCAGUUGAUUCCGCAAAUCAUUGUCAACUACCGCCGUCAUAAUGCCACAGGGUUACAACCAUCGAUGAUGAUGCUCUGGGCAUGGGCGGGUGUUCCGCUAGGAGUGUACAAUAUUGUCAAAGACUUUAACAUCGCGUUGCGAAUUCAACCUCAGAUCUUGACGCUCCUGAGUCUUGUUACGUGGAUCCAAUGUUACUAUUAUGAAAGAAAAUGGAGUGUCUAUCGCUCUCUUCUCGUGGUCGUUCCCAUCGCAGUCGUUAUGGGCGGCAUUCAAGCUUCUCUUAUCAUAGCGCUUCGUAUCGCCAGAUCGAAAGACUUAGAAUGGCCCUUGAUUUUAAUGGCCUCUCUAUCCGCAGCAUUACUCGCAGCCGGAGUGCUAACACACUACUGGGAUAUUUGGCAGCAUCGAACUGUCCGCGGAAUCUCGUUCCUCUUUGUCGCCAUCGACGCAGCUGGAGAUGUCUUUUCGCUAGUUUCAGUGUUCUUCCAGCCUGAGCUUGACAUCUUGGGGAUUGUUAUCUAUGCGACGGAGUUUGUGCUCUGGUGUGGUGUUUUUGCUUGUGGCGGAUAUUAUAAUCUCCUGCCCUGGGUUAGAGAGAGAUUCGGGAGCGGAAAUAAGAGUGUUGAUUGCGGGGAUAACACAGGCGAGUGCGAAGGGGACGGUGUUAUGAUGAGGGAGAAUGUAUCGUCGAGUUCAGUGUUUAGGACAGCAUCAGGAGAUGAAGGUGUGAGGGCGAGGAAUGUCCAAGGACGCGGUUCUCAAGAUAUCGAGUGA